AUGGGCAAAAUCACCGUACACCACCUGCAAGUCUCCCAGUCGGAGCGCAUCCCCUGGCUCCUCGAGGAGCUCGGCCUGCCCUACGAGCUCAAGACGUACAAGCGCGCGCCGCUCCUCGCCCCUCCCGAGUACAAGGCGCUGCACCACAGCGGCGCCGCGCCCGUCAUCACCGACGGCGCCCUGACGCUCGCCGAGUCGGGCGCCUGCGUCGAGUACCUGGCGCGCAAGCACGGCGGCGGGCGCUUCUUCGUCGCCCCGUCCGACGACGCCUAUGCCGACUUCCUGUACUGGUGGCACUGGAGCAACGGCACCCUGCAGCCCAGCGUCUCCCGCGCCAUGUACGUCCGCGGCGCCGGCGAGCAGAUGCAAAAGGUCUCGAGGGAGAAGCUGAGCCGCGCGCUCAAGGCCCUCGACGAGCAGCUGCGCGGCAACGACUUCAUCGUCGGCGGGGAGCUGACGGCGGCCGACAUCAUGACCGUCUUCUCGCUGACGACGAUGCGCCACUUUUCGCCGUACAGCUUGGCCGAGUACCCGAAUAUUCUAAAGUACCUGGAGAGGAUUGGCAAGAGAGAGGCGUACCGCACCGCCAUGUCCAAGUCGGACCCGGGCAUGAAGCUGGCUCUCGGCGCCGACUCGCCCAAACCUCUGCUCUAG